AUGGUUUUGUCCGCAAGCGCGAAAACUACCAGCACCUCGUUGGGAUCAACGGAGGCCAACAUUCAUGCUUCUGUUGAAAGGGACGGAAACUCCCUCGCACCCGUCAGCACUGCACAAUUUGCCUUCAUGGCGUUGAUCGGCGUACCAGUUUGGUUGACUGUCCUCGUUCCAUUGACGCUCAUCUAUCAAGUUGGAAAUGGAAUCAAGAACGCCAUUUCUGGUCCAAAAACUGCUGAUGCUAGUUCCGCCUUUGUUUUAGAUUCUGGAUACCAAGUUGACGCCAAGGACAUCAUCCCACAAAAGGAUCGCAAAUACGAUGUGGUCAUGUUGGGUGCCACUGGAUUUACAGGUCAAUUAUCCGUCCGGCAUUUGGCCAAAACGUAUGGUUGCUCUGGAGAAAAAGGAGUCAAUUGGGCCGUUGCAGGAAGAUCAAAGGAUAAAUUGAACAAGGUCCUGCAAUCUCUAGCGGACGAACUGAAAAUGCCAAAAUUGAUGGACACUCCCAUCAUUGUGGUCGAUACCGCCGUAGCUUCUACGCUGCCCAAUCUGGUCCGCGAUACAAAGGCCGUUGUUACUACUGUCGGGCCCUUUCGGAAGUAUGGAUCCGGGGUAGUAGAGUUUUGUGCCAAAUUCGGAACUCAUUAUGCCGACAUUACAGGGGAAGAAGAUUGGAGCCAAGUUAUGAUGCAGCAAUGGCAGUCGACCGCCCAAGCCACAGGCGCUAAAAUUCUGCACUUUUGCGGGUGCGACUCGGUUCCAUGGGAUUUGACCGUCUUUCAAAUGGCGCAAUUCCUCAAGACCGAAAAGGGCGAAGACUUGGCAUCGGUCCAGUGUUUCGACGAAAUCAAGACAAACCCUUCAGGAGGGACCUUGGAGACGAUGAAACUAGCCUUGGGGACUUCAGAAUUGCCUUCCUUAAAAGAAGGUGCCCCGGAGCCUUUCCGAUGUAGUCCACAAGGAAAGGAGCACACGUCUCCCGUGACCGCCAACUUGCCGAGCUGGAUCUCCAAGGUCGAUUUGCCUUGGUCCUCCCAACCAGCUUACGGUUCCUUUUUUGUCAUGUCGGUCGUCAACUCGAAAGUCGUGGCUUGGAGCCAAGCCUUGAGACAGGGUGCUCCGUUGACGUAUUCCGAAUGUGCGGCGAAUCCUGAUUGGAAGACUGCCUUUACCAACUUUUUUGGCACCAUUGCUUUCUUUACCGCCAUCCUCAAUCCAAUAACGGGAGGGCUUUUGUACAAGUAUGUUUUGCCUGCUCCAGGACAAGGCCCCAGUAUGAAAACGAUGACACAAGACUCCUUUGCUUCUAUUUAUGCCCAAGGGACUGGAACUAAGCAAAGUAAAGUAGAAGCCUUGAUGUACUUCACGGGGUGCGUUGGAUAUUUGGAAACUGCUCGCAUGCUGGUAGAGAGCGGCCUCGCCUUGGCCCUUUCACCCAGGGACCAAUUGCCAUCAACCGACAACGGUGGGUUCUUUUCGCCAUCGUAUGGAGUGGGCACUGCCUUGUUGGAGCGAUUAAUGCAAACAGGAACUCAGUUCACGGUCCGAUCUCUUAAGGAAGAAGAGAGGACUGGACUAAACAAGAUCGAAUAG